UUUGUUAGAUGUGAUGUUUUCUUUAUUUUCUUGUGGCAUCUAAAAAAAUUGCUUGCAAUUGUACAGGUGUUAUCCACUCGUCUUGGUAGAAAGCCGGAGGACAUUGUGAAAUUAGAUGCUAACGAGAAUCCAUAUGGCCCUCCUCCAGAGGUAAUCGAGGCUUUGGGCGCUAUGAAAUUUCCAUAUAUUUAUCCUGAUCCUGAAAGCCGUACCUUGCGUGCUGCCCUUGCUGAAGAUUCUGGCCUUGAAUCUGAGUAUAUUCUUGCAGGGUGCGGUGCAGAUGAACUCAUUGAUUUGAUAAUGCGGUGCGUAUUGGAUCCUGGUGACAUGAUUGUUGACUGCCCACCCACUUUCACAAUGUAUGAAUUUGAUGCAGCUGUAAAUGGUGCACAUGUCAUCAAAGUGCCUAGGAACCCAGACUUUAGC